AUGCUAAAGGGGCUGCUGCUGGAAGUGCAUCUGCCAGAGAGUGGCCCGCUUUCAAUAUUCAGGACCCGACAAAGGCAAGUGGAGUUGCAGCCGCCAACCAAGGAGGAGCUGACCAAGGAGCUCUUAGCAUUAAUUGAAUGCGCGAGGGCGGUCAUACCUAAUUUUAAACUGGAACCUCCAGUAAAGGCAGCAAAGCGACAGAGGUCAGCUGAAGAGGCUAAGCCGUCAGCCAAACGACCGAAAACAAAGGGCGUGACGCCCGCAAAAUCAUUUACAGAAGUGGCCCGGGACCGAAUUCUCAUUGGCGUUCUGGAUGAGGGGGACCCCGAAGGAAGAAUCCCCAGAGCCCAAUGGAAAUGGGUGCAGGCUGCGCUGACAAAUGUGGCGGUGGAAGUGCUACUUAGCAAUCCAGGUCCGCCACCGUCAUGCACAGAUGCCGGCUGGUACCAGGGCCAGAUUAAAAUGAUUGCAUGCGAUGACGAGAGAUCGGUCGCACUAUACAAAGCUGCUAUAGCCAAGGUAGGGGAGGUGUACCCGGGCGCAAAACUAAUAGCAGUGGACAAAAAAGAUAUACCAUCCAGACCAAGGGCAAGGGUAUGGAUCCCGGCUACACCAUCACAGCCGGAUCAGAUAAUGCAGCUCAUUAGAGCCUGCAACCCGAGUCUGCCCACGGAGGGGUGGAAGUUCGUCAAGGCGUUGGACGAUAGCGUAGCAGAAUCUGGCGUGGAGACCAAAAGGGCCACGAUGCAGAUUCUAUUACUAACAAACGAAUCCAUCGAACCGCUGGCGAAAAGUUGCGGGGAGAUAAACUACGGAUUCACGAAAGUGAGAAUUACACCGUACAAAUCGGACGCCGAUGCUGCAGACCAUCUAGCAUCGGAAAGCGAGACAUGCGAAGUAGAGGAAGAUCCGGUGGAGUCCUCAAGCGAUGUAGAGAGCAUAGAGCAAGCCUCGUAUCCCCAUGGAAACCGCCGCUAG